GUACGCGAAUCGGACGGGAGGCCAUAUUGUUGCGAUUUUAAUGGCGGUUGCACACUAAAACUUGUUUGACAGGUGUUGGUUCAAAGUGAAUUCAGUCCACACAAAGGACACUUUUGGCUCAGAUUGUUCUUUAAUUAAGUUGUUUAUGUUUAAGAACUUUUUUGCAAAUGAAUUAAUUUUGAAGACAUUAAAGACUGCACGCGGAAGUGUGUGGAUGUUGACCCCCCCGAAUCAGCAUGCUAAGAGGAGGAGGAGACAGGCCUAGGAACUCGUGUUUAUAUUAUGUAACUGUCUCACUGCAUUCGACGUGCUAGUCUGAGGGGGACGCCAAAAUGUCCAACUUCGACCCCGAGUACAGAAUUCGCCUGGGGAAGAUCGAGGGACGACUGAAAGAUCCUAGCUCGGAUCUGAACAUCAACAGCCUACUGGAUGGGUUAUCUGCCCUUGUUUGUGAUCUGGAUCACCCAGCCAUUAGAAGGAACAAGAGUGUUGAACAGUUUCUGACAAAAUAUGAAAAGCCUGUUGAUUUUGUAAACAGCUGUCGUAUGAGACAUGCAGACUUUGAAGUGGUUAAAGUUAUUGGUCGAGGAGCUUUUGGCGAAGUUCAGCUGGUUCGACACAAAUCUACGAGACGGGUCUAUGCAAUGAAACUGCUGAGCAAAACAGAAAUGAUUAAGAGAUCAGACUCUGCUUUUUACUGGGAGGAGAGAGAAAUUAUGGCAAAUGCAAACAGCGAAUGGAUUGUGCAGCUUCAUUUUGCCUUCCAAGAUUCCAAAUACUUGUAUAUGGUGAUGGACUACAUGCCAGGAGGGGAUCUGGUCAACCUGAUGAGUAAUUACGAUGUGCCUGAGAAGUGGGCCAAGUUCUAUUGUGCUGAGGUGGUCCUGUCUCUGGAUGCCAUUCAUUCUAUGGGCUUUGUUCACAGAGAUGUGAAGCCUGAUAAUAUGCUGCUGGACAGUGGUGGUCAUUUAAAGCUGGCUGACUUUGGGACGUGUAUGAGAAUGGAUAAGAACAGCGGAAUGGUGAGAUCUGACACGGCAGUAGGGACCCCAGACUACAUCUCCCCUGAGGUUCUACAGUCACAGGGCAGGCCGAAUUAUUACGGGAGGGAGUGUGAUUGGUGGUCAGUGGGGGUCUUCCUUUAUGAGAUGUUGGUUGGUGACACCCCUUUUUAUGCGGACUCUUUGGUCGGAACAUAUGGUAAAAUCAUGGACCAUAAGAAUUCGCUCAGCUUUCCUUCUGAUAUUGAGAUUUCACGAGAUGCCAAGAGUUUGAUAUGUGCCUUUCUCACAGACAGGAUGGAGAGGUUGGGUAGAAAUGGAAUUGAUGAAAUCAAGACUCAUCAAUUCUUCAGGAAUACAGAUUGGACAUGGGACACACUCAGACAAGCGGCACCUCCCGUCGUCCCUGAGCUCUCCAGCGAUGUCGACACCAGUAAUUUUGAAGAUAUAGAGAAAGACGAUAGUCCUGAUGAAUCGUUCUCGGUUCCUAAAGCGUUUGCCGGUAACCACCUCCCGUUCAUCGGCUUCACAUACAACAAGGAGUACCAGCUCCUGACUGAUUCCGGCUCAAGUGUAUCAUCUAUGGAUGGAGGAGGAGAUGAUAAGCGGUACAGACAGAUGGAGGAACAGCUCCGAACUCUGAAAUCAGCGAAAGAGGAAAUAGAAAACCGACACAGAAUGGCUCAAUCAGACUUAGAUAGGCUGAGUAGAGAGGAAAUGAUCCUUAGAAAGGAGAGUCAAGAACUUGAGAAGAACCUUGUCUUCCUGAAACGAGACUUGCAGGAGAACCAGAGAAAGUUUAACAUGGAGGUUGAAUUGAAGAAAAAGCUGGAGUCCUUGCUUCAUGAAAAGGAGAGGCAGUUGGAGGCAGAAAUAAAAUCUCGUAAGGAAGCUUCGAACAGCAAUCAACAGGUCAACGAGAAAAUUGGCAACAUGGAAAAAAUAAUUGCAGAAUUAAGUGAGAAAAUAAAAACGGAGUCAGACAGUGCCAACAAAUACAAAAAGUCUUGUGCUGAAAUACAACAGAGAUAUAAUAUAUCAGAACAAAGUUACAGUGAGUUGAAUAUAAAGUACAGUGAUGUUCAAAGUGCUAAACAGUCACUGCGGAAAGAGGUCAUGGAGCUGCAAGCUACUCUUGAUCAUGAACGGAGCAGUCAUCGACAGGCGUCCUCACAGACGUCGGAAUUGUCGGAGCGAAUCUCAUCAUUAAUGUCUGAAAAGAGAAAAUCUGAAGAUAAAGAAAAGGAGUUGACUUUUGAAAUUCAAAAGGUCAAAGACUCCGUGAUUCGUUUAGAAAAGAGUAAAAGUCAUGUUGAGUUAGAGUUGGACACGUACAAAAGGAAAUUAGAGACUGAAAUCAACAACCACCAGGAAACCAUAAAGAGGUUUAAUGCUGAUAAGAAAGAUAUCUUGUUGUCAAAAGAGGAGGCACGGACAUCAGCCAUUAAUGACAUACAAAUGAAGCUUGACCAGGAGAAAUCAGCUCGUGUUUCAGCAGAAAACCAAUUACUACAGGCGGAGAAAGAGAAAUCAGAGCUGAGAGUGGAUUUGUUGCAGAUGACACAGCAAGUGACCUCAGUUCAAACCGAACUCAUGAAUGAAAAAGAGAAGUCCAAAAAUUAUGCUCUUCAAGUUGAGCAAGAAAUCCAGAGAAGAAAUUUGAUGCAAGGAGAUUUUAAGAGCCAGACUCACGAUCUGACUCGAUACAAAACCAUGGAAAAGCAGCUAAACAAGGAAAUUUCUGACCUCAAAGAGGAAAAGAGAGGCCUCGAGGAGGAGUUACGCAAAGUUCGAGAGGAUCUGUCCAUUAAUGACCUACAAAUGAAGGAGCUACAAGACCAGCUCGAGGCUGAGCAGUACUUCUCUUCUCUGUACAGAACUCAAGUCAAGGAACUGAAAGAGGAUGUGGAAGAGAAGGGAAAACAGCACCAGGAUGCAGCCACAGACUUAGAGAGUAUUCAACAGGAAAAGGACUCCAUUGCAGCUCAACUUCAAUUAGCAAUGGCAAAGGCUGACUCGGAGGGUCUGGCGCGUUCUAUAGCGGAGGAACAGCUGACGGACGUGGAGAAGGAAAAGACUGUGUUGGAACUGGAAAUCAAGGAACUCAUGAACCGCCACAAGACGGACCUCAGCAAAAAGGAACACAUUGUUAUUAUGUUGGAGGAUUCCAAACGAGAAUUUCUGAAAGAAAUCGAAGAGUUACAUUCAGAGAAAGAUGAUGUUUCUGGCAGGCUACAAAAGAUGACAGAUGAACUCCGUCAAGUUCAGUCACGGUCAGGUGGUUCCAGUACAGAGAUUGAGAAGUUGAAGAAAAAUCUAGAGGAGGAAAAGCUCAAGAAAAUCCAGGCUGUCAAUAAAUUAGCAGAGAUAAUGAAUCGGAAGGAAUUCCGAUCGAAAUCGUCAAAAAACAACGCAUCAGAUCAGGGGGUCAAAAAGAAAGAGAAGGAAAUGAGAAAACUACAGCAGGAUUUACACAUGGAGAAAGAAAAAUACAACAAAAUGGUGGAGAAGUUGUCCCGUGAGUUAUCGGAGACGCAGGCAGCGCUGUUCGAGGAGGGACAGUACAAGGGGAAAUUACAAAUGGAACUUGAUGCUAAGGAGAUGGAAAUUGAACAACUACGGCAAAAACUGGCCGUCACAGACAAUGUGUCUAUAAAUAGUUCUCACCUCGAGGAUGGUGAUAUCAGUCAAACGAGUGCAUCCCCCAGCGAAGUGUUCAUGGAGGGGUGGUUAGCAGUGCCAAACAAACAGAACAUAAAGAAAUAUGGAUGGAAGAAACAAUAUGUUGUUGUGAGCAGUAAAAAAGUGCUGUUUUACAACACAGAGGGCGAUAGACAGAAUGUUUCUGAUCCAGUUAUUGUGUUAGACAUAGAAUCUUUGUUCCAUGUGAGGCCUGUAACACAGGGAGAUGUGUAUAGAGCAGAGUCUAAAGAUAUUCCAAGGAUAUUUCAGGUGCUAUACGCGACAGAAGGUGAGAAUCGGCGACCUGAAGAAGCAGGUCAUGAUGCUCAAGCUCAGGACAAGUCUGCAGUAGAGAUGCACAAAGGUCACGAGUUUGUCCCUAUUCAUUAUCGUACCCCUACCACAUGUGAUUCCUGUAAUAAGCCUGUGUGGCACAUGCUUCAUCCACCUCAGGCCUUAGAGUGUAGACGAUGUCAUACAAAGGUUCAUAAAGAUCAUUUAGAUAAAAAUGAAGAAUUUGUAGGAUAUUGUAAAGUGAAUUAUGAUCAGAACAUCCAGGCCAAGGAGAUGCUACUUCUGGCAGAAACCAGUGAGAAACAAAAGCAAUGGAUUCAGCACCUUAGUAAAAAGAUUUCCAGGAAAGGCUUCGCGAGCUCAGGAACUGGGGGGCCCACGAGGGGCACCAGACAGUACGCUUCUUUUGGAAUUCAGGGUCGCCCGAGUAACGCCCGGUCUUCCUCCACUCUUCCAGUAAACAAUCGACCGUCAUAGCAGCUCAGAACCCCCCGGGCAGCUUAGCUCGCCUCCACAGACAUUUUGUGACUUGUAUCAGAGCCACUUAACCAUUACAAAUAGUAGCUAUUAUUUAUUUACAACAGUUAUUCUCUACAUUCCUUGACAUCCGAUUCAUACAUUGUUCAAGGUUCUAGCUGCCUGAAUCUGCUUAACAGUACAUUUGUAUCGUUAUUAUGUAAAUAAAAAUUGUCAUUUUUAA